CAGUUCCAGUUUGUUUUUAACCGUAUCUGUUUGUGGACGUUGCUUUUUGCUCGAUUUCUUUCUUCCCGCCUGUUUCCUGUUUGUGUCUCGCUGUUUACUUCACAUCUCCCUCAGCAGCCUUUUCCUGCGUUACUUCUAACAAAAGUUUCAUUUCUUGGUCAUGGAUGAUUUCGUAAGAAACAAACUGCUUGAAUGGGGGCUAAGUAAGUGGGUGGAGAAAUUUAAAGAUGAACAAAUCGAUGCUGAAAGUCUGUGUGAGCUUGAUGAUCGAGAAAUUGAGAAUUUGAUCACAAAAGCUGGACCAAGAGUGAAAUUCAAGAAGAACCUCAAGCUGUUAAAGGAAGAACAAAAGACAAAUCAAGAAACAGUCAUUUCUUUUCAAGGUAAACAGGAGCAUGAAGAAGCAGCUGGUUUGGUUCAGUGUGAACAGGAGCAUGAAGAAGCAGCUGGUCUGGUUCAGGUCUUGCCAUCCACAAGUGAUACAGGAAAGAGAAAAUCAGACCUUCAAAGUGACCCCAGCAGGUUGCAGUCACCAGCUAAGCGACAGCGUUUGUCAAUGCCAGGAUUUGAAGAAUCAAUCAUACUGUCUGAUGUGAAAAGCAUCAUGACAUUUGUACAUGAAAGACUAAAUGACCAAGACAAACUCAGUGCUUUCUUGAAGAAAAAGAUCAGUGAUUUGGAGACAGACAAGAGGGAGCUGGUUGGUGUCUUUGGUAAAACUGGGGCUGGAAAGAGCUCUUUGAUAAAUGCCAUCAUCAAAGAGAAGAAUCUUUUACCCUCAGGAAGUGUCAAUGCCUGCACCUCAGUCAUGAUCAAAGUGGAAGCUAACAGAGAUAGCUUAAAGUAUGAGGCAGAAAUUGAGUUCAUCACAAAGGAGGAGUGGAAAGAAGAGUUGUGGUCAUUUCGUCAGCUUCUUGGCAAUAAUAAAAAUCAGGACAAGGAAGACGAUGAUUAUCAUGAUGCUGUUGAAAAGCUGUCAGCACUGUAUGGAGAAGACUGGAGAAGGUCCUUUGAAAAUCCCAUGGAUCGCAAAUAUUUCAAAGAAAUUCCAGAAUUUCUCCAAUCCAGGCGGAAGAUUUUGACAUGUGAAUCAGUUAAUGAACUCUCUGCAAAAUGUGUCAAGUACACAAGAAGUGAGUCAAAACAAGGAGAAGGUAAUGAAGGAAAAACAUGGUUUUGGCCACUAGUGAAGUGUGUGACUGUCAGGGUGCCAACCAAUCCUUUUCUCCAGCAUGUCACACUUGUGGACCUUCCUGGAAAUGGUGACUGUAACAAGAGCAGAGAUCAGAUGUGGAAAGGGAUAGUUGGAGAUUGUUCUACUGUGUGGAUUGUGACUGAAAUUAAUCGAGCAGCAUCAGAGAAAGCAGCCUGGGGGAUCCUGGAAAGUGUCAGUAGUCUGAUUGGAAAUGGUGGCGAAUGUCAGCAAAUUCACUUUAUCUGCACCAAGUCUGAUCUUCUUGAUGAUUCAGAUGAUCUUUCAUCAGCUGAUAUCCAUGAUCAGAUAAUUAAAAGAAACAUUCAAGCCAAGGAUGGAGUAAGGAAAGAAUUCAACAAGCGAAGCAAGAUUAAUACACACUUCACUGAUGACAGUUUCAAAGUGUUCACCGUGAGCUCCAAAGAGUUCCUAAAAGGGAAGCAUUUAAGUCCAGAAGAAACUGAAAUAACCAAACUUCAGGGAUUUUUGCAAGAUCUGAAUGACUGUCACUCUGAGACAGUAAACUAUGUGAAUGGAGCUUAUGGGAUUCUGUCUUUGAUUGAAGGUGCCAGGUGCAGAAAAGAGGGUGCUGGAAAAGCAGAUGAUGUAUGCAAAGUUCUUGAGAAAAACAUGAAAGAACAACUUGAUCAAGUGAAAAAAGCAGUUGAAGAAGCGAUCAAGGAUUUUGAACAAUGUCUUACAGAAGGGGUUAAAAAUUCCAAAAGCUCUGAAGAAAAACUGAAAUCCUUUUUGGACCGUGAUAAACAGCCUAGUUUUUUCAAGACACUAGAGGCGGUGGUUAGGAAAGACGGCAUCCACAAAACAAAAAAAGGGGAACACAUAAAUCUCAACACAGUAUUAGCUUCAUGCUUGACUGACAGCAUUGAUGAAAAAUUCAGAAAGACCUUCCCAAAUGAUGUUAAAGGUGGAUCUUUCAAUGGAGUCAUCAGUAGAUUUUCACUUGACACAAAUUCGCUGAUUCAAAAAUACCAAGAUUUCAAACUGCAGCUGAUAUUUCUCCAGACAGAGGAGGAUAAAAUUAAGGCAAAACUCAACAAAAUAAUCCUAAAGGGGAAGAAAAUAAUCUACAACAGUCUAACAGAGACAAUUGAGAAAAACAUGAAAAAGUGCUAUGAAGAUGCACGAAAAAUUUCAGGAAAAGAUGCACUGAAAAAAAUGAGGAAGACUAUUGAGACACAUGUAUCCUUAAAUAGGAACAUGUGUGAGGACGCAAAAAAGACCAUUUUGGAGAAGAUGAAUAUAUUGAUGACGAUCAUCUGCAAGGAACUGAAGGAAACCAUGGACCACUCCAUUAAACUCUCACUCAAUGCAUCAGCUUUGAGUGAGAAUCUCCCAGAUGUUUCAAAGCAUCUUGAAACUGUGCAGCAACAUUACAAUGAAGAUUUGCUCCACACACAGUAACAGCAGAAACCUGAUGACCCACUCAACAUCUCUGAGGGAACACUGACCAAAAGCAUGAGGUCUCUGGAUAUCACCACAGACAUUUUUGUCAAGUUGUGUUGCCUGCUGUCUUUGAAUGUUGUGUUUGACUUUUAAUGAAUUUGAUGAAAUUAGAUUUUUUAGUCCUCACUGCAAGAAUGUCCUGGGUUUGAAUCCAGUUUGAGGCCUUUCUGUGUGGACUUUGCAUGUUCUUGCUGUGUCUGUGUGGGUGCCCUCCUGGUACUCCAACUUCUUCCCACAGGCCAAAAACAUGCAUUGGGGUUACAGUGGGUUAAAAAAAGUAUUUAG